AUGUCAUCCUCGUCACCUAGUAUGGAAUCUAAAGAAAAGCCGGUAACCAAUCAGCAGCAUGAUGCAAUCGAACAGCCGUGCUGCGCCUCACUACCUCACGGUGCUCAGGUUUAUCCUCCGACUGAUUGUUUCCUCACUUCUAGCAAACAUAUCAUUCCACACUCACACUCUCGCCUUUUGAGAUUCGAGUCUGUUAAAAUGACCGCGGAUCCUUUGAACGUCUUGAUUGUUGGAGGCUCUCUCACUGCACUUUUCCACGGAAUCAUCCUUCGGCGGCUCGGACAUCAUGUCCGAAUCCUCGAACGCCAUCCUCCUUCUCGGCAAAUGAGUCUUGGGGCCGGUAUCGCCGCCAUGGAACAUGUUCAAUCGUUCAUUGAAAAGUAUGACGAGACCAAGACACCUUACUCGAACCAUGAGUUCGAUGACCCUAACCACCACUCCCCCCUCCCUCUAUGA